AGCAGCCAGGCAUUGAGUGAAACUGCCCCGAGGCCCAGACCAGACCAGUCUCUUAACCUUUACAGCUCUCUCUCCCUCUUUUUCUGUUUGGAAAUGAAUGUAAUUAAAGUGAAUAGGAGUUGCUAAGAGACCAGAGGAGUUCUGGAGUUUGUUGAAGGGGCUGAACUGCGGCUCUGCUUCCACGGCUUUGCGCUAAGAAGGAUGAUGUAACGUGAGCCUACAUAAACCUCUCCGGGCUCUAGGGAAAGCUGCUCUUUCCUCCUUGUACUUACAGCCUGGUUUAACAGUUCCCAGCUCCUUUCUUUGUUUUAUUGAACGGCUGUUUUCUCCUAGACACCAGCAAAAACUGGGUUCAUAUCUUUAUAGCAUUCCUCUGCCUGAGUCCACCUUGUACAUUGCUCUUCGUGAUCUUUCAGGCUGGAGGUGGCAGUGGCUGAGCCUGCAAUCUGUCAUGAGCAAGUAGCUUUGGAAAUUAAAGUUGUCUACUUCCAACCUCUCUCUAGUUUGUUACUCCUCAUUAGUUACUCUGCUUCCCCACGAUUUCAGCCCAAUGUUAACAACGGGUCAGGUGAACCCUUCCAACUCCAUUUCUGCAGCAUAACAUUUUGCUUUGACAGCCUGGCUCAUGCUUGAAGCACCAGGAGUCUCCAGGCAGUCUCCUGGGCAAGGGUUGUUUACCUGCCGAGAUCAAGGCAAUAGAUGGUAUGUUUAGCUUCACAUGGUCGCAUUACUGCUAAAUUACCUCAUUUGUUUUUACCUGACUUUUGUUAUCUCAGCACCGAGUGCAAAGAUGAUUGGGAAGAUAGCCUGGAGCCUGGGAAAACAUGUGUCUACUGUGGCAUGUGGGACCACCCAUGUGAGAAGAUUUCUGCAUGGUGCUUACAUCAGGAUUCAGCCUUCCGUACAGGAAGCCCUGAUGGAGGGGAGACCAGUCGUAGCCUUGGAAAGCACCAUCAUUACACAUGGCAUGGCCUAUCCUCAGAAUUUGAGCAUGGCCAGAGAUGUGGAAGAAAUUGUAACAAAAAAUGGAGCAGUGCCAGCCACUGUAGGUAUCUUAAGAGGUCAAAUCCAUGUAGGACUCACAGAUGAGGAACUUGAGUUCUUGGCAAGCAGUAAAAACGUAACUAAAGCGUCUCGGAGAGAUCUUCCUUUUGUCCUCAGCCAGGGCUUAUCCGGUGGCACUACUGUGUCUGGAACAAUGAUUGCCGCACACAAAGCAGGAAUCUCUGUGUUUGUGACGGGUGGCAUAGGAGGUGUCCAUCGGGGAGGAGAGAACAGUCUGGAUGUGAGUGCUGACUUGACAGAGUUAGGACGAACUCCGGUUGCUGUUGUAUCUGCAGGAGUCAAAUCUAUCCUUGAUAUUGGCAGGACACUGGAAUAUCUGGAGACACAGGGAGUUUGUGUGGCUGCCUUUGGAGAGUCAAGGGAGUUCCCAGCCUUCUUCUCACGCCAGAGUGGCUUCCAGGCACCAUAUCAGGUCCGGGAUGAAGAGGAGGCAGCUCAACUCAUUGCCAGUGCUCUGGGGCUGGGCAUGAGCAGCGGGGUGCUGAUAGCAGUGCCCUGUCCCAAGGAGCGAGCUGCCUCAGGCCAAGUCAUCGAAGAAGCCAUCCAACAAGCUCUCAGCGAAGCCAGGUCCAAAGGGAUCACAGGCAAAGAACUGACCCCUUUUAUGUUACGGAGGGUCAGUGAUUUAACUGAUGGGAAAUCACUGGACUCCAACCUUGCCUUGAUCCAGAACAAUGCCAGAGUGGGCAGUGGCAUUGCGGUGGCUCUGAGCAAACUGCAGAAAGCCAGGAGGAAGGGGAACCUGCCUCGGCGAGAGGACACAACCCCACCCCGGCCAGUGGUGAUUGGAGGUAUCAACGUCGACUUUAUAGCCAAGGCACAGAACCCUGUCAUCCUGGGUGGUGGGCAAACAAAUGCUGGAAGAGUGAGACGAACCUUUGGCGGCGUUGGAAGAAACUUGGCAGACUGCUUAAGCCGUCUUGGACAGACUCCUCUCUUUUUAUCAGCUGUGGGGAAGGACGAGCAUUCAGAAUCUGUCCUGCACUACUGUCACCAUAUGGACAUGAGUGCCGUCCUUCAGCUGGAGGGGAAGAACACAGCCACUUACUGUGCUGUGAUCACCAGUGCUGGGGAGCUCAGUGUCGGCUUGGGAGACAUGGACAUCCACCAACAGAUAACAGAGCAAUAUGUAUCUCAGUUCAAGGAGAACCUGUGCCAGGCCCCGCUAGUGUGCAUCGAUGGAAAUGUGCCUCUUUCCACUAUUCAGUAUGUCUGCCAACUAGCUAGAGAGCAUCAGAUAGCAGUGUGCUAUGAACCAACAGAUGAGAACAAGGCCUCUAAGCCAUUCCUCUCAGACAGCUGGAAAGCGCUUACAUACAUUUCCCCCAACCUGCAAGAGCUAAGAGCAAUAAAUCGGACCCUCGGGAACCCUCUGCCAGCAGAGCUGCCAUCCAGGUUGGAGGAUGUUGUCCAGACCGCAGUGGCCUUGGCCUGCCCUUUGCUGUCGCAUCUGCACUGUGUGGUGGUAACCCUCGGCGCUCUCGGCAUCCUCCUGUGUGGCAAGAGCCUGGGAGGAAGCAUAUCACUUCGUCCAGGACCUCAUGAACAGGCUGCUGCUGCCAGCCUCUGUGCCACCCACUUCCCAGCCGUCCACAUCAGCAGGGAGGAGAUAGUCAAUGUCUCAGGAGCCGGUGACAGCUUAAUGGCAGGGAUUCUUGCAGGGAUCCUUGCUAAACAUGACACAGAUACCUGUGUCCGGAUGGGUCUACUUGCUGCAAGCUUGUCCCUCCGUUCCUAUGAGCCUGUUUCCCCAGAAAUCAGCACUUCCAGCGUCAGCCAGGAGCAAGUCAUGAGCAGGAGCUGGCCAGAGGCAAAGGUAUGGAAGAUGGACCAGAGCACCAUUGCUCUAUGACCUAUCAACUCCUUUCACUCCCAACACUGCUAUUUCCAGGAACUGGGCUGUGUUCUGAGCUUUGAGCUCAAAAGCUAGCUGCUGACCAAAGGACUUAGACUUUCAGUACAUGCUACUACAGGAGGUGAAGUGUCAGCAGAACGCAUUUGGUGACAACCUGUAUUACACUGUUCACAUUUAUGUUUGUCUGCAAUUUGUUGUUCUUUCCUGUUUUCUUUUCUCUCUCUUUUUUGUUUUUAUUUGGUGGGUUGCAGCAAUCACAGCUUGGUUCUUCUACUGCCUGUCAAUACUGUAUCUCAACCCCCACCUAAUGAGAACGCUCAUCUGUUUCGGCCUUGAGGAAGGAGGCCCUAACCCAAGGAACUUCUUUGUAAACAAAAGCUGGUGUCUGGUCUUUUAGACCUCGUGCUUCCCUGAAUCUCCAGUGGUAGAGUUUCCACAGAGGGAAUUUUCCCUUCCUCCACCUGUGUCACUGUUGUCCAUUAUCACAGCAGCUCCUUUCUCACUAACUCCCAGAUCUUCAGGACCAUGUCUCUUCAGAUGGGCCAAGCAGCAGCAUCCUUUCUUCCUGCUUACUCUUGGUUUCUAUCCCAGAAGUCCCAUGGACCACAACCUGCAACAAGGAGCAGCUUGCAGGCACAUGACACUGUGGGACAGCCUCAUCAGUCUUCCCAAGACAGCCAGCAAAUGCCACACUUUCUUGCUCUGAAUUCCAAUGCCCCUGGAGGAAGCAGGCAAGAUAAAUCAAAGAGGGGUAAACAGGGGCCAGCUGGUGGCCUUUGAAGUAUGACUGCCCUUGUUCCACAUCUUCCUCGGAACUUGGGACUUCCAGCCUCAUCAGCCCAGAGAGUGAAGUUUAAAGUAAGAGAGCAAGCCCCUCUCACCACACCUCCAUUCCUGACCACUUGGCAAACCACUGGCAACUUCAGAGGAGCCUCCCCAUGCCUGGCUCUCCAGAGGCAUGUGGUGCUAGACCACUGCAUGCUGGAAUCAAAACAUUCAGUUACACCUUCCCUUCUGUUCAGAACAAGAAGUCUCCUGGUAUCAUCACAGAAGCUCUGGCUAAAGAUACUGUUUCCAGGGAGGAGGGAAGCACAGCCCUUGCCUGCAGGUGAACAUGCAAGCUGUGUAGCUCAAAUGACUGCCAAGUUCACAGUGAGUCCAUAGCAAAGACAAAGCUUCAUUGACUCUGAUCAGGCUGGAGCUGCACAGUUAUUCCUCUGCCUAACCCCCUCCAGCCUCUUUAUUGACAAAGACAUCUACACUUAGAUCAAUUUCAUACAAGCUAAGUCUGGUCCACAGCCUUUGAAAAUCACCUAAUGUAGCCAGCUUGGCAACGGAAAUCAGCUUCUCUGAUUUCCUCCUGUUGUGUACUCCCCUGUUGUGUAACUUACCUCCCAGAGGCACUUCUGCAAGUUAUCUUCUAUUCCCUGAGCAACUAAACUUGAGGGUGGGAAGACA